UCACUGUUUGAUUUUUUCCAGUAUUUAGGUAAAUGGUAUGAACUGUACAAACUACCUAAUUUAUUUGAAAACAAACAAGAAUGUGUAACAGCGAAUUAUUCUAUUAAAGCUGAUGCAUUGAAAAUCAACAUCAACGUCUGUGUUAGACGUAUAAACAUGGCAUUCCUAAGAUUUCUACUCUUCUUUUCUAGAGAUGGUAAAACUGUGUUUGCUGUUGGAGAUGCCUAUAGAAAAGAUGACAGCAAAGAAGCUCAACUAUCUGUAAAAUUCACUGGUGCCGCACCGUAUGCUCCUUAUUGGGUUUUAGAUACUGACUAUACCAGCUAUUCCUUAGUAUUCUCUUGUGAACAACUCGGUAAGUUGGCUCAUGCCAAAUUUGUCUGGAUUUUAAGCAGAACUCCUACCAUUGAUCCUGCAGUAAAAGACAAACUAUUCAAAAGAUUGGAAAAAGAUGGAAUCGGUUCCAGUGGAUUGAAAACUACUGGAAGAUCUGGAUGUAAAUAA